AUGAUAGCGGGUCUUCAUCAAGUGGUAGCCAUUUGGCUACUCGCUUCGUCAGCGUUGGCAGCUCCAGCGCCAGCGGGUGGACGUCUCUGGAAACGCGCCGGCAACCCGGAAUUUCAGAAAGACUUCCCAGAUCCUUCGAUUAUGCAGGAUUCGGACGGGAUGUGGUACUCCUUUGCCACGGCCGGCAAUGGCAAGCAAGUACAGGUCGCCAAGGCGUCGAACCCAAGGGGGCCCUGGGAAUAUCUCGACAACGACCUGUUGCCCAACGCUGGAUCGUGGACGACGAGUAAGAAUACAUGGGCGCCUGACGUGCGGCUCUUGUCUGACGGUUCUUAUGUCAUGUACUACUCUGGUGAGGUGAAAAGCAACACGGCGCACCAUUGUGUUGGUACGGCCACCUCGAGGGCGAUGCUGGGCCCUUACACACCCUCUGAUGAGCCAUUCGACUGUAACCUGAGCAUUGGCGGCUCCAUUGAUCCUUCCGGCUUCCAGGAUGAAGAUGGGAAACGUUACGUCGUGUACAAGAUUGAUGGGAACAGCAUUGGACAUGGUGGGUCCUGCAACAACGGAGUAGCACCUUUCAUUGCCACCCCAAUUUUGCUCCAGGAGGUCAAGGAGGAUGGCGUUACCAAAGUCGGUAGUCCAAUCCAAAUCCUGGAUCGCUCGGAUGCAGACGGUCCGCUGGUAGAAGCACCUACGAUCCUCCGGAACCCGGACGGGAUGUACGUCCUCUUCUUCAGUUCUGGAUGCUUCACUGAGCCGACGUAUAACGUAAACUAUGCACUUGCCAAGAGUGUGCGAGGACCGUACAGCAAGAGCUCGACCCCAUUAGUGACGACUGACGACGCGUUCGGGUUGACGGCACCGGGAGGCGCAACACCAGUCGUUGAUGGGAGUGGUAUCGUCUUCCAUGCCGAUUGCGCCGAGGGCCGCUGUUUGUUCGAAAACAAAAUCGGCAUUCAAGGCCAGAAGGUUGUUCUGGAUGGCGUUGAUGGGAUAGGCAUGUGA